CGCCAAAAUCCUCAUCAUCCCUCAGGGUAAAGUACUGUGUCUUCGACACACAUCGCGCUUGUUGACCUAGGAUCAACACGUCAAGUAUUCGGAAUACUCAUGAUUCAGAGGAUGGCCCUCUUUUUCAUUGAAUCAUGCUUUUCGCUCUUGCUUUACCACAUCCUCGCUUUCUCUCGGCGCCAAUCGUAUCCUUCGGGCGUAUAGUUCAACAUCCACCCCCACUUGUUGUUGUGGCAAGGUAGAUCCGGCGGCCAGCCCGUCCUUUCCCAUCCUUUCUCGCCUUUGAUCCUUUCAGCCACUGGCCGAUACUCGAAAAGUCCCUCUCCAUCCUCCUCGCCUUCAUCUACAUCCCAUCUCGGAACCUUACGACCCUUGAGAUGGAUCCGGCAUUGCAAGGAUGAAUGCGCAGGAGGCAGAACUGCUCAAGCAGGAAGAGCUUGUGCAGCUCAUCUUGCAAGAUUGGAGAAUGUGGUGGGAUGCCGAUGAGAGACUCAACUAUGGCGAAGUUGCGAUCCGCCUUUUGUUCUGGUGGGACAAGCCCGAUUCGCUCGGAAACAGAUACUACUGGCAAAGCACAAGAUACGUAUUUGAUCACGAGACGAGAUUGAGGGAUAUCCUGGAGGAGUUUAUCGGGGAGUAUAUGAGCCAUGUUCAAGGGGACCCGAGGCCGGAGGACUUUGAUCUAGAUUGGAGCGGAUAUGAGAGCUUCCUGAGUCACCAUCUUUCUCCCUCCCAUUACAUUCAUAUGGUUCCAUUCGCUACUAUUGUCAUCGAUCCCAAGUAGAAGCAUAAACAUUCAGCCUAUCAAAAAGGGCACACUUUACGUCAACUUGCACUUCGACUUGGUGGAUUGCGGUGGAUAUCCUGUCCUUUGCGAGACUUGAAACCUUUUGUAUCUUACUCUUGUAUGCAGCGACCCGCAUUUUGUAGCGGAUUUCAUGCAAUCCAA